CGCCAUUUAUGUUGAACAAGCGGGAAAGUUAAGUGUCGGGACCUGGUGGUUCCUCUGUAAAAAGUAAGUUUAAUUACUGUAAUCGGUAGUUACCCAAGCGAUUUAUGUUCUCAGAAAGUGGUUAAUAGUUUCUACAUCAUCUUCAUCGAAAAAGAGGGAAAGAGAAGAGGUAAAUUGGGUGGAAAUAUUUUCCUCUGACGAUGAAUUUCAAGGAAACUCAACUUCCAGAAGCGCGCGAACCUGAUAAUUCUAAGGAAAUUUAUGUUUGGAGGUCCUUUUUUGUUCAAAAGGAUGCCAAAGACUACAAAAUACGAAAAUUGAGAUAGUUGUGUUUUUAGAUGGGGCUCAAGUUAUAAGUCGGGCACUGAAACAAGUUUUCUAUAAAUGUCACGUUUCCUCUUCAGCGAUGCAUUAAUUAUUUUGAGCUGUGUUUUUGUAUUGUCUCUUUCAUGUUCUUUUAUCCUUUCUCACAUUGAUCCCCCAGUUUCACCGUUGUACACUUUGCCGCAUUCACAUGGGAUCUUGUAAACAACACCGUCUUGUUUCGAUGGUUCCAGGGUGUCUUUAGGUUGUACUAAGUGAGAUCUAAGUGUUGUGUUCAACUUGAAAAUUGGUUCAUAUGCCUUGAUGUUGUAGGCAGCAGCAAAGAACCUCAGAUACAACCUUUAUGUUAGGGAGAAUGUAGGAUAUAGACACGUGUACAUUUAUACUGAAAAUAUUCAUGGGGUUUCAUCAGCAUACCAGACAUUACACACAGUCCACACACAAAGUUUAUGUACCACCUACAUGUGAAGCCAUAUAGGGAUAGGAAGUUUAACAAUGGUUACUGCCAUCCCAUCCAAAGAGUAUAAGUAAUACCCUUUUAUUGCUUCAUGGUCCUCAAACCAGAAUAAAAUAUGUUGUCAGAAUAUUGGCCUCUUAACCCUUUAACUCCCAAGAUUUGGUUGUUAAUUCUCCCAUCUAGCUGUUACACAUUUCCUUGUAAUUUAGUUACCAGAAUUUGGUGUUAUAUCAUGAUAAGCUCUAACUGAUGAGUUUGAGUAAUCUCAGUAUGUGUUUGAUGGAUAUUGUUGGGAGAAGUUACAUAUAAAUCACUUCUGGGAGUUAAAGGGUUAAUUGCAGAUUGGGAGAAAAAUGAUCAACUGCUGAACAGAUUGUUUAUUCAUAAAGCAGCUGGAUCUGAUGGUCCAUAUCCUCUGAUUUUGAAAAUUCUUUUAGAGAAUGAUAAUGACAUGUAUGUCAAUAACAAUACACCUAUUUUAGUGGCAGUCUCAAUUCUUCCUGUGUCCCCUAAAAGUGAUUCAGUGAGAACAGAGUUUUUCUCUUUCACUUUUUUGGUCAAGAAAAUUUUCUCACAAACUUAGUCACAUAAUAUAAACAUGGCAAAGUAAUUUUAAACAAGAUAAAUUUGGUUUUUUAAACUUAGUUGAUAUUGUACUGUAAAUUGGCAACUGUAAAGAGGUUUAAAGCUUUGAUACUUUUCAGGGUGGUCAGUUUGCACUAUCGAUUCAGUUGAUAAAACCAAAAUUAUCUAGUUAUACUCCCCACUGACACAGCACCACAGUCUCUUUAGAAACUUACCCCUUUAUUAAUUUUAAACAAAUUAAUGGGGAACUAUUGUUAUCCUUAUCAAAAUGACACUUAAAAACUGUGCAUGUUUACACUGUAAGAUUUCACUUGCUUCUGUGAAAACUCAGAAUUCACUUUUAGGAAUGGAGUUGCAGCAACACAUAUUUACUUACUGUAUUUUAAAUAUUUUUUCAGCCUGCUGAUAUUGACUUUUGUUAAUUUUCAUAGGUUUUCAAAAUGUAUUACAAUCCAGAGAGAUCUUGUGGAGAGAAAGAUCUGCAAGAUAAUGGAAGAUGUGAUUUAGAUGAGGAAAUUUGUUCUCACCUAUGUGAUUACUAUCCAGACUGGAAAUCUCCCAAAGGCACUCACAUGGUCCCUCGCUCUUUCAUAUCUAAGGCAAACAACCCAAAUUUAGGGGAAAUUACAGAAAAACAUUUCUUUGACAUUUUGAAAGAAUUUGGUGAAAUUAAGAAGGAACCCAUGUUUGUUAUUCAUUCCUAUAAAUUUAGUGAGUACAUUCCCAUGUGGCAGUCUGGUAAGAUAUCAAAUACUAAGAUGUCAAAUUGGGUAAUAGGUGAACAUGACUUUGUUAUAGUAAUAAUGACAAUCUUUAAUGAGGAAACUUUUUCACUAAAAAGUGGUUUACAAAAAGGACCUCGAAAAUUAAAAAUUAAAAAUUUACAAUGAGUAAAAAUGCUAAAAGAUGCUACUAAAAACUAAUGUAUCUUAUGUGUAAUACAAAACUUAAAUCAAUGAAUUAAAAAUCUGACGCUUCAAAAUAUUUACAUUAUCAGAGGCUCGUAUAGUUUUGUCCAGCGAGUUAAAAUCACUUACAGCAUGAUAGCCAGUUCUUUGUUUGCCCCAGUUUCUUUUAACGGAUGGAAUUUUGAGGUUUGCUUUAUUUCUUGUGUUGUAACUAUGCUGUUCUUGCUGAGUGACUAAUGUUAGUUCGUGAUGUGUGAGACCAUUAAGACAUUUAUAUACAUGUACGCAUCGGCGCUGGAAGCGCCUUUUUUCUAGUGUUAACCACUUCAGUGUAGUUAACGCAUCAGACGCAGAGGAAUACAGUGGUCGAUCUAAUAUUAUUUUAGCCGCCUUAUUUUGAAGCACUUGCAAACUAGACAUUAAAGUUACAUUAUGUUUGUCUCCCCAAACUAAAUCAGCAUACUCGAAUAAGGGCAUAAUAAGGCUUUUAUAAAAAAGGAUGCGCGCCCUAAACGGUAACAAAUGCUUAAUGCGUCUAAGUAGGCCAAGCCUUUGAUUAACUUUCCCUGCCAUGUAUUCGACAUGAUUUGUCCACGAAAAAAAUCAGACGAUAUUAAGAUUCCAAGAUAUUUAAAACAAGUAACAUUGUUUAUACAAUGAUCAAAGAUUGAAACAGUUAGAGCUAUUUUCCUCUGUAACUUCUUGUUACUGCCUAUAAGCAUGCAUUUGGUUUUGUCCAGAUUCAGUGUUAACUUAUGUUCAUUCAGCCAUUUCGCCACAGCCAGGAGGUCUUGGUUGAGCUUUUCAGUCAGCUCCUGAGAGGAAGUCCCAUAGCAGUAGAUCACCGUGUCAUCUGCAUAAAGUGAUGCUUGACAGGCAUCUAGAACGCUUGGCAAAUCGUUAAUGUAGAUGACAAAUAGCAGAGGACCCAGAAUACUUCCCUGAGGGACCCCAUGGGUAACUGGCAAUUCAUCAGACAACUCAUUCCCACAACAUGUACGCUGUUUCCUGUCAGUAAUGUAAGAGCGGAACCACUGAAGCGAGUUCUCACAUAAACCAAUUUUGGAGAGCUUGCGUAACAAAAUCCGAUGGUCCACAGUGUCGAAAGCCUUGGUUAAAUCCAAAAACACGGCCCCACACAGUUUACCUUGUUCCAUGUUCAAUAAGACUUCAUCAGCAAAUGAUGUCAAAGCAGAUUCAGUAGAGAGCCCCUUCCUGAAUCCAAACUGUUUCCUUGUGAGAAGGUUGUUAAUAACCAAGUGCUGGUACAGCUGGGAAUGCACGGCUUUCUCGAGAAUUUUACUGAGUGUCGGUAAAAUAGAGAUAGGUCGAUAGUUCGAUGCAUUUGACCGGUCGCCUGAUUUAAACAAGGCUGUAAUUUUUGAACAUUUCCACAAUUUAGGAAAUUUACCAGUAAGAAUCGAUCGAUUCAACAGCUUAGUGAUGGAGGGAGUGAUUGUAUUAGCAGAGCUCUUGAGUAGUCUAGCACUAAUUUUGUCCAAACCAAUUGCUUUGUUUGUCUUCAAAGAGGUAAGCUGCUGAAGCACAAACGAUUCCUCUAGUUCAGUUAACUGGAACUGAGACAACGGUUGUUCUAAAACCAAGUUGCAAUUCGACCAGGUAGUCGUUAUUUUGUCAGCUAGGCGCUUGCCUAUGGAUGCAAAGAAGCUAUUCAAAGCAACAGCAAUGGAUUUGGAAGUGGUGUGCUGAAUGCCAUCGGAAAUGAUGCACUGAACCUUUUCUGAGGAUGAAUUACGAUUGCAUGCUUCGUUUAUAGCUUUCCACAUUUUGCCGUGAUCUCCUCUGGCUUCCUCGAUCAUUUCGCAGUAAUAUUUCGACUUAGCAGAUUUUACUAAUCGGUUUACUUUGUUCCUCAGUUUCCUGUAAGUGUUCCAGUGCUUUUCUGAGUUCGAUUUACGUGCUUUACGAUGAUACCAGUCUCGAUCUCUCAUUGAUUCGCUAAUUUUGCUAUUCAUCCAAGGAAUAGGUGUUCCCUUCACACGUCGUCGUUUGACAGGUGCAUGAUCUUAUCAAGUACAUCAUGUCCAUGGGGUUGUGUUUUUCCAAGUAAAAGCAACAAAAACUUCAGGUGGUCAUCAUAAAGCUGACAGUCAGAUUCAAAAAGACAAAGUAUCCUUGGAAAGAUUUUGCCAAAAAAUGAUGGAAGCUGGGAUAAUAUCCAAUAAGCGAGUGGGCAAAAUAUUCGACAAAUUCCCAGCAUUUGUGGUAUUGCCAAAUACUCAGCGAGGUCAGUCACUUUGUGCACAGGACCAUGUACUUUAUCAAGAGGACUGUACCAAUGCAGAAGCAUUUUCUGAAUGGUGGUACGGCAAGUUCCCAGUAAGUGAAGAACAUUCAGAAAUUGAUCAAACCAUCUAUGAGUACCUGGUAAUGAGGUGAGUGCUGUAUUUUAACCAACCUGUUACAUCUUUUGGAAAAACGGAAAUAGCAUGCCAGUGUUUCACACUUUCCCCAUAAAAGUGUACAUUUUCUUAAAGCUUGAUAAAAUAAUGUUAAUGUUGUUUUUGGAUGUUAACUUACUUAAACAGUUUUGGCAGAGCUUAUUUUUUCAUGCAAGACAUUUUACAACUAAAGACAGUUUUAUUUGACAACAUUUUAAAUCAAAACCUAAUAUAGUUUUUCAUAGGACUUGAUCUGCACGUUUUAAACUAAAAAACUGUGUUUAGGAUUUUCUUGUUUCUUCUUGUUUUUUGGGGAAUAGAGCAUCUACACCUUGCUCAAGAAUGCUAGUCUUAAGAUAAAAUAUGACAACGGGUAAAAUAUAGAAGGCGCAUUUUUUCACAAGCAUUUGGUGUUAUCUUGUGCUGCAUGAUUGUCUCAAAACACCAGUUAUCAGAUAUGGUUUGAUUGUAAAUUACAUGUUGCUCGCUUUCUAUUACUCUCAAUGACAAAAAAAUGGAGCACAGAGGCUAGACAAUGUUGAUUUCUUGACAUGCACUGGGGUUUCAUACCUUUCCAUCCAUUAGUCUUAAAGACAUUGCAAAACAAUUGCUUCUUAUUUGAAAGAAUUUAAAAAAAAAACAAAAAUGGUGUUUAUAUUUUUUUAAAUAUGUUCUUUUGUUUCCAAGAUAUCCAAGUUUUUGUUUCAUGCUAAUGUGGAAUGUCAUGACAUCAUAAAUUUUGAUUAAAAAAGAUUAAUCAAAAGAUAACUUUAGAAAUGUAAAUGACAUAUUUUGCAAACUUUGCUCAAAUACAGGUAUUUGGGAGAGCAUAGUAAUUGUUAGUACUUAUGCACAUUAAAUUUGAAUUCUUUUAAUGUGUGGACUCUGAUUAAUAUUGAGGAUUGUGUGAUAGACAUUAAUGAUUAUAACCAUACCAUACAUUGAUACAAGCAUGAGCCACUGGUUAUAAUAAACAAAUUGCACAUUAAGUGUCUGACCAUGCAUGUUAACAUGAACAUAAUGUCAUUUUGUACAUUUUUUCAAUUAGAUUUGUUGGCAUGGUCCAUGUCAGUCCACUCCUUGACAAUUGCUUUAACCGCAUUGAAAAGACUUUGAUGUUCAAAACAGUAGAACAACUGGAGUUGCUGGUUGGUCAUUAUCCUCCCAAACUGUGGAUUAGGGGUCCAGCUGGAAGUGGCAAGACAAUGCUAUUGCUGGAGAAGGCAGAAUCUUUGGCAAGUUCCAUUCUAGAGCAUAGAAAAAAAUCAGAAUAUUCUUAUUGUAUGCUUCAAUGCUGUGUUAUGCAAGAAGUUACAGUCAGUGCUUGAAACCCAUCUAGUAAGGUCUCCUGGUCUUAAAAGUGUGAUAAGUAACUUCUCAGAUGUUAAAACAUUUUCUAAACUUAUCAUUGAUGUUACUGGCUUACCCCAAAUUCCAUUAAGUAGAAACGAGAAAGAGGCAGCUGUUAGCUUUGCCUUCAAGCUGCUCUCAACCCAGACAUCAGAUUUCUAUGGAAAGUAUGACCAUAUUUUGGUAGAUGAAGGUCAAGACUUGUUUGGAAGUAAGUGGCCAGAUCUUCUUGAACUGAUGCACAAGAGCUCUGUGACACCUAAUUUCAAUGAAGAGGCUGAGUUAGAAGAUUGGAUGAAGCCUAUUGGGUUUUUCUGGGUCAUGUAUGACACAAAUCAAUACCUAUACUUCUCUAAAGAGCUGCUUAAAUUGUUCUCUGGAUAUCUCCAAAACAGUGCAGAGCUCAAGAAAGUGCUUCGCAACACAGGAAAUAUUUUUAAGUAGUCAGAGAAGUACUUUAAAUCAUUGAUGACAUCUGAAAAUGGCAUUACACUUGGUCAUCAUGAAUAUGGCUUACCAAUCAAAUGGGAUACUUCUCUGGAAAGCAAAGUGAUCUCAGAUGACAAAGGUGCCAGCACAAUCAUUCCUCAUUUGAAAGAUCUACAUAGAGAACAUGUUCAAGAAAGGGACAUUUGUAUUCUUGUUGAAACAGUAGCCAAAAGGAAAUCUUUCAGCCAGGCACUUUCAAAAAAUAACGUUAAACCUAAACUGCAGACAACUUAGUUGAGAAGAAUGACAACAAGAUUGUGGUGGAAAGCAUUAGGUGCUUCAAGGGCCUUGAAUCUAAAGUGGUCAUCUUGUAUAAUCCUCCAUACGAAGAUGAUUCAGAAAGCAAUGGAUGUGCUAAAGAGUUGCUAUACACUGCAGUAUCCAGGUGUUGUUGUUAUCUCAUUGUCAUAACUACAAAGGCUGGUGGUGAGGCUUUAAUUUCAGCUCAAGGGAUUCAAGAGAUGACUGACGAUAGAGCACAACAGGUUCCACAACAAUUUCCAACCUCGUCACAUUUGGACUCAAACAGGGAGCCAUUCCAAUCCCCAGUGGACAUUGAUACAGAGUGACUCACUAAUUGUGAUCAAUCUACAUAUAAGUUGUCACACUUCCUUUCUAGUGAGGAGGUUAUUUAAGGUGAUCAACUGGUGCAAAUUUUCCUUUUUAUGUUAAAAGUUAACUUGCAGUUGUAAAAUGUAUCCACUACUUGUGGCUAUAUGAUUGCCAGUAUAGAAUAAUAACCAAUGUGUACUACAAACUUGACAACCGUUUGCCGACAGUCGUACUGAAAUGAUCAGAGUUUUUACUGCUUAUCUGUUGCCCGGAUUUAUAUAUGCUGUAUUCAAGGAAAUUUAAGAAAACUCGCCAUAGAAGUAAAUGAACCGAAAAUUAUUAUUGAACUGUUAAGUUAGGAUUAGAUUUCUCGGUUACCCAAUGGAGUUUAAAGCAUUUGUAAUUAGGCUUGUUUUAAGAACCCCAUAGGUUCGCGUACAUCCAUUCUUAGCUCUCACGGGCAUUUAUUUCGCUUUUGUAGUUCCUUCUAUUAAUUAUGAGAUUGCAUUUAGUGAGUAGAAUCUUUGAACGUAUAAAUUUGAUUUCAGAUCGAAUAAAAUUGCU